CUCCCUGCCCCGCAGCCUCCCUCCGCUCACUGUGCUGGCUGCCGAGACCGGGCGCCGGGCGACGGGAGCCCUUCCUGGCCUCGCCGAGCGCCGGAGGUGGGCAGCACAGGUGGGAGCACCGCGCGCACUGCGGCCUCCUGAAUGAUGCCAGCCCAGUGUUCCCGAGCCUCCAGCCUGGCCCUCCUGCUGCUGUUGGGCGCAGUCCAAGCAGGCCCUUUCUCUCCACGCUCCAAUAUGACACUCCCAGCCCCUCGGCCCCCUCCUCAGCCAGGGGGCCGCACAGCGGAGCCAAGCGGGGGGAACCCCUCUUCUCAGCUUUACGAGCACAUCGUAGAAGGAGGGGAAAAGCAGGUGGUGUUCACCCACCGCAUUAACCUGCCCCCGUCAGCUGGCUGUGGCUGUCCCCCAGGCACUGAGCCCCCGGUCCCUGCUUCAGAGGUGCAGGCCUUGAGGGUCCGGCUAGAGAUCCUGGAGGAGUUGGUGAAGGGGCUCAAGGAACAGUGCACUGGGGGAUGCUGUCCUGCUGCUGCCCAGGCUGGCACAGGCCAGACAGACGUUCGUAGCCUCUGCAGCCUCCACGGCGUGUUUGACUUGAACCGCUGCGCCUGCUCCUGCGAGCCUGGCUGGGGUGGGCCCACCUGCUCUGACCCUACGGACUCCCGAGUGUCCCCUUCCUCCCCACCCUCUGCUUCCGGGUCCUGCCCAGAUGACUGCAACGACCAGGGGCGCUGUGUCCGUGGUCGCUGCGUGUGCUUCUCUGGCUACACGGGCCCCAGCUGUGGCUGGCCCUCCUGCCCCGGGGACUGCCACGGCCACGGGCGCUGCGUGCAGGGCGCGUGCGUGUGCCGGCCGGGCUUCUCUGGCGCCGACUGCAGCCAGCGCUCCUGCCCUCGAGGCUGCAGCCAGAGGGGGCGCUGCGAAAACGGGCGCUGCGUGUGCCACCCGGGCUACACUGGCGAGGACUGUGCGGCACGGAGCUGCCCCCGGGGCUGCAGCCAGAAGGGGCGCUGUGAGGACGGGCGCUGCGUCUGUGACCCCGGCUACGCCGGCGAGGACUGCGGCUCGCGGACCUGCCCUGGGGACUGUGGCGAAGGUGGGCGCUGCGUGGACGGCCGCUGCGUGUGCUGGCCCGGCUACGCGGGCGAGGACUGCGGCACGCGGACGUGCCCGCGCGACUGCCGGGGCCGCGGGCGCUGCGAGGACGGCGAAUGCAUCUGCGACGCGGGCUACAGCGGGGACGACUGCGGCGUGCGCAGCUGCCCGGGCGACUGCCACCAAAGGGGCCGCUGUGAGGACGGCCGCUGCGUGUGCUGGCCCGGGUACUCGGGUCCCGACUGCGGCGCGCGCGCCUGCCCGCGCGACUGCCGUGGCCGCGGGCGCUGCGAGAACGGCGUGUGCGUGUGCAAUGCGGGCUACAGCGGCGAGGACUGCGGCGUGCGCAGCUGUCCCGGGGACUGUCGCGGCCGGGGUCGUUGCGAGAGUGGCCGCUGUGUGUGUUGGCCCGGGUACACGGGCCGGGACUGCAGCCUACGCGCCUGCCCCGGCGACUGUCGUGGGCGAGGGCGCUGCGUGGACGGCCGCUGCGUGUGCAACCCGGGCUUCACGGGCGAGGACUGCGGGAGCCGUCGGUGCCCCGGGGACUGCCGGGGCCGCGGCCGCUGCGAGGAUGGCGUGUGCGCGUGCGACGUGGGCUACGAGGGAGAGGACUGCGGCGCGCUGAGCUGCCCCGGAGGUUGCCGAGGCCGCGGCCAGUGCCUCGACGGACGCUGUGUGUGCGACGACGGCUACUCGGGCGACGAUUGCGGCUUGCGGAGGUGCCCGCACGACUGUAGCCAGCGCGGCGUGUGCCAGGAUGGGGUGUGCUCCUGCUGGGAGGGCUUCGCGGGAGAGGACUGCAGCCUCCGGACCUGCCCCUCCAACUGCCACCGGCGGGGCCGCUGUGAGGAUGGGCGCUGCGUGUGCGACGCCGGUUACACCGGCCCCUCCUGCUCCGCCCGCACCUGCCCGCACGACUGCCGGGGCCACGGGCGCUGUGUGCAGGGAGCGUGCGUGUGCCACGCGGGCUACAGCGGCGAGGACUGUGGGCAGGAAGAGCCUCCUGCCGCUGCCUGCCCCGGGGGCUGCGGGCCCCGGGAGCUGUGCCGCGCCGGCCAGUGUGUGUGCGUGGAGGGCUUCCGAGGCCCCGACUGCGCCAUCCAGACGUGCCCUGGGGACUGCCGGGGCCGCGGAGAGUGUCGCGAGGGCAGCUGCGUCUGCCCGGAGGGCUAUGCAGGGGAGGACUGCGGGGAAGAGGUGCCAGCCAUUGAGGGCAUGAGGAUGCAUCUCCUGGAGGAGACGACGGUUCGGACAGAGUGGACCCGGGCUCCAGGCCCGGUGGAUGCCUAUGAGAUUCAGUUCAUCCCCACGCCAGAGGGCGCGAGCCCGCCAUUCACUGCGCGGGUGCCCAGCUCUGCCUCCGCCUAUGACCAGAGAGGACUGGCCCCCGGGCAGGAGUACCAGGUCACUGUCCGAGCCCUUCGAGGGACCAACUGGGGCCCUCCUACCUCCAAGACCAUCACCACCAUGAUCGAUGGCCCCCAGGACCUCCGGGUGGUGGCCGUGACGCCAACCACACUGGAGCUCAGCUGGCUGCGCCCCCAGGCCGAGGUGGACCGAUUCGUGGUGUCCUACGUCAGUGCUGGCAACCAGAGGGUGCGGCUGGAAGUGCCCGCCGAGGCAGACGGGACACUGCUGACUGACCUGAUGCCAGGCGUGGAGUACGUGGUGACCGUCACCGCGGAGCGGGGCCGGGCAGUGAGCUACCCGGCCUCUGUCAGGGCCAACACAGGGUCCUCCCCUUCCAGCCUCUUGGGGGCCACUGAGGAGCCUCCUCCUUCAGGCCCUUCAGCGACUCAAGGAGCCCAGGCGCCCGGCCUGCAGCAGCGCCCCCAGGAGCUGGGGGAGUUGCGAGUGCUGGGCAGAGACGAGACAGGGCGCCUCCGUGUGGCCUGGAUGGCCCAGCCUGACACCUUUGCCCACUUCCAGCUGCGCCUCCGGGUGCCCAAUGGGCCAGGGUCGCAUGACCAACUACUGCCCGGGGAUGUCCGGCAGGCACUGCUGCCCUCACCCCCUCCUGGAGCCCCCUAUGAGCUGUCACUUCGUGGGGUGCCCCCUGAGGGCGAGCCCUCUGCCCCUCUCAUCUACCAAGGCAUUAUGGACAGCGACGGGGAAAAGCCCGGGAAGCCCUUGGCCCCACCGCGCCUGGGCGAGCUGACAGUGACCGACGUGACCUCCAGCUCCCUGCUCCUGCACUGGACGGUCCCGGAGGGCGAGUUCGACUCCUUCGUGAUCCAGUACAAAGACAGGGACCAGCCCCGGGUGGUGCCUGUGGAGGGGCCCCAGCGCUCGGCCCUCAUCACCAACUUGGAUGUGGGCCGCAAGUACAAAUUCCUCCUGUACGGCUUUGUGGGCAAGAAGAGGCACGGCCCCCUGGCGGCUGAAGCCAAGAUCUUGCCUCGGAGCGAUCCCAGCCCAGAGACCCUGCCCCGCCUGGGCACGCUGUGGGUGACGGAGCCCACCCCACACUCGCUGCGCCUCUCCUGGACGGUCCCCGAGGGCCACUUCGACUCCUUCGUGGUUCAGUACAGGGACAGGGAUGGGCGGCCCCAGGUGGUGCCCGUGGAAGGGCCAGAGCGCUCCGUCACUGUCUCCCCCCUGGACGCCGACCACAAGUACAGAUUCACUCUGUUUGGGGUUGCCAACAAGAAGCGGCACGGCCCCCUCUCAGCUGAGGGCACCACUGCCCCAGAGAGGACAGAGGAGCCCCGCCCAGAGCCCCCUGAGCAGCCGCUGCUGGGGGAGCUGACAGUGACUGGCGCCACCCCAGACGCCCUGCGCCUGUCCUGGACCGUGGCCCGGGGCCGCUUCUCCUCGUUCGUGAUCCAGUACAAGGACGCACAGGGGCAGCCCCGGGCAGUGCCUGUCAAGGGAGAGGAGAGCACGGCCACCAUCGCCGGCCUGGAACCCGGCCGGAAGUAUAAAAUGACCCUCUACGGCCUCCAUGGCCGGCAGCGUGUGGGGCCUGUGUCUGUGGUGGCCACCACGGCCGCCCAGGAGGUAGUGGAGGAGACCCCGAGAUCCACAGAACCCAGCACUGAGGCCCCACAGCCUCGCCAGGAGCCCCUGCUGGGGGAGCUGACGGUGACAGGAUCCUCCCCGGACUCGCUGAGCCUGUCCUGGACCGUCCCCCGGGGCCAGUUUGACCACUUCCUGGUCCAGUACAAGAACGGGGACGGGCAGCCCAAGGCAGUCCGGGUGCCGGGACACGAGGACGGGGUCACCAUCUCGGGCCUGGAGCCGGACCACAAGUACAAGAUGCACCUGUAUGGCUUCCACGACGGCCAGCGCCAGGGCCCCGCCUCUGCCACCGGGGUGACAGCUGCAGAGGAGGAGACCGCCAGCCCCGCAGAACCCAGCACGGAGGCCCCAGAGCCCCCCGAGGAGCCCCUGUUGGGGGAGCUGACGGUGACGGGAUCCUCCCCGGACUCGCUGAGCCUGUCCUGGACCGUCCCCCGGGGCCACUUCGACGCCUUCACCGUCCAGUACAAGGACAGGGACGGGCGGCCCCAGGUGGUGCGUGUCGGGGGUGAGGAGAGCGAGGUCACCGUGCGGGGCCUGGAGCCGGGGCGCAAGUACAAGAUGCACCUGUACGGCCUGCACGGGGGGCGGCGCGUGGGCCCCGCGUCCACCCUGGGCCUGACCGCUCGUCCAGCUCCCGACUACGAAGCUGUGACCACCCAAGUCCCACCCACCACGACCCCUGAGCCUCCUGUGAAGCCCCUACUGGGGGAGCUGACGGUGACGGGAUCCUCCCCGGACUCGCUGAGCCUGUCCUGGACCGUCCCCCAGGGCCAGUUUGACCACUUCCUGGUCCAGUACAAGAACGGGGACGGGCAGCCCAAGGCGGUCCGGGUGCCAGGACACGAGGACGGGGUCACCAUCUCGGGCCUGGAGCCGGACCACAAGUACAAGAUGCACCUGUAUGGCUUCCACGACGGCCAGCGCCAGGGCCCCGCCUCUGCCACCGGGGUGACAGCUGCAGAGGAGGAGACCCCCAGCCCCGCAGAACCCAGCACGGAGGCCCCAGAGCCCCCCGAGGAGCCCCUGUUGGGGGAGCUGACGGUGACGGGAUCCUCCCCGGACUCGCUGAGCCUGUCCUGGACCGUCCCCCGGGGCCACUUCGACGCCUUCACCGUCCAGUACAAGGACAGGGACGGGCGGCCCCAGGUGGUGCGUGUCGGGGGUGAGGAGAGCGAGGUCACCGUGCGGGGCCUGGAGCCGGGGCGCAAGUACAAGAUGCACCUGUACGGCCUGCACGGGGGGCGGCGCGUGGGCCCCGCGUCCACCCUGGGCCUGACCGCUCGUCCAGCUCCCGACUACGAAGCUGUGACCACCCAAGUCCCACCCACCACGACCCCUGAGCCUCCUGUGAAGCCCCUGCUGGGGGAGCUGACGGUGACGGGAUCCUCCCCGGACUCGCUGAGCCUGUCCUGGACCGUCCCCCAGGGCCAGUUUGACCACUUCCUGGUCCAGUACAAGAACGGGGACGGGCAGCCCAAGGUGGUCCGGGUGCCGGGACACGAGGAUGGGGUCACCAUCUCGGGCCUGGAGCCGGACCACAAGUACAAGAUGCACCUGUAUGGCUUCCACGACGGCCAGCGCCAGGGCCCCGCCUCUGCCACCGGGGUGACAGCUGCAGAGGAGGAGACCCCCAGCCCUGCAGAACCCAGCACGGAGGCCCCAGAGCCCCCCGAGGAGCCCCUGCUGGGGGAGCUGACGGUGACAGGAUCCUCCCCGGACUCGCUGAGCCUGUCCUGGACCGUCCCCCGGGGCCACUUCGACGCCUUCACCGUCCAGUACAAGGACAGGGACGGGCGGCCCCAGGUGGUGCGUGUCGGGGGUGAGGAGAGCGAGGUCACCGUGCGGGGCCUGGAGCCGGGGCGCAAGUACAAGAUGCACCUGUACGGCCUGCACGGGGGGCGGCGCGUGGGCCCCGCGUCCACCCUGGGCCUGACUGCUCCAGCACCGGGAGCCGCUCCUGCAGCCACCGAGCCGCCCCUGGGGCCGCGCCUGGGGGUGCUGACUGUGACCGGCGUGACCCCCCGCUCCGUGGGCCUCGCGUGGACCGUCCCCGAGGGCCAGUUUGACUCCUUCGUGGUCCAGUACGAGGACAGCGAUGGGCAGCUCCAGGUGGUGCCUGUGGCCGCAGACCAGCGUGAGGCCACCGUCCCCGGCCUGGAGCCCGCUCGCGGAUACAGGAUGCUCGUCUAUGGGCUCCACGGCGGGCAGCGCCUGGGCCCGCUCUCUGUGGGAGCUGUGACAGCUCCCCUCCCGCCAGCUCCAGCCACAGAGUCCCCCCAGGAGCCACGCCUGGGGGAGCUGACGGUGACAGAUGUGACCCCGAGCUCCGUGGGCCUCUCGUGGACGGUUCCUGCGGGUGAAUUCGACGCCUUCGUGGUCCAGUACAAGGACAGGGACGGGCAGCUCCGGGUGGUGCCUGUGGCCGCAGACCAGCGCGCGGUCACUGUUCCCGGCCUGGAGCCCGACAGGAAGUACAGGUUCCUGCUCUUUGGGAUCCAGGAAGGGAAGCGACGCAGCCCCAUUUCUGUGGAGGCAAAGACAGAACCGUCCUCUCUGCCAGCGGCCCACGGUGACGCCAGCCCGCAGGCCCCGCCCCGCCUCGGGGAGCUGCGGGUGACAGAUCCCACCCCAGACUCCCUGCGCCUCUCCUGGACGGUCCCCGAGGGCCACUUCGACUCCUUCGUGGUCCAGUUCAAGGACAGGGACGGGCCCCGGAUGGUGCCUGUGGGUGGCCACGAGCGCUCGGUCACCAUCACCCCCCUGGACAGCGGCCGCACGUACAGAUUUCUCCUCUACGGCCUCCUGGGCAAGAGACGCCACGGCCCCCUCAGCGCGGACGGCACCACAGAGGCGCAGGGCGCUGUGAGUGUCGCUGGAACAAAGGGCCCCCCAAAACCCCGUCUGGGGGCGGAGCUGCAGGUGACCAGUGUGACACCGGACUCCGUGGGCCUCGCAUGGACCGUCCCCGAGGGCCAGUUUGACUCCUUCGUGGUCCAGUACAAGGACAGGGAGGGGCGGCCACAGGUGCUGCCUGUGGAGGGCGGCCUCAGGGAGGCCAGGGUCUGGGGCCUGGACGCCGCCCGCAGGUACAAGCUGCUGCUCUACGGGCUGCACCAGGGCAGGCGCGUGGGGCCGCUCUCGACCUUCGCUGUGACAGCCGCCCAGGAGGUAGUGGAGGAGACCCCGAGAUCCACAGAACCCAGCACCGAGGCCCCACAGCCUCGCCAGGAGCCCCUGCUGGGGGAGCUGACGGUGACGGGAUCCUCCCCGGACUCGCUGAGCCUGUCCUGGACCGUCCCCCAGGGCCAGUUUGACCACUUCCUGGUCCAGUACAAGAACGGGGACGGGCAGCCCAAGGCGGUCCGGGUGCCGGGACACGAGGAUGGGGUCACCAUCUCGGGCCUGGAGCCGGACCACAAGUACAAGAUGCACCUGUAUGGCUUCCAUGACGGCCAGCGCCAGGGCCCCGCCUCUGCCACCGGGGUGACAGCUGCAGAGGAGGAGACCGCCAGCCCCGCAGAACCCAGCACGGAGGCCCCAGAGCCCCCCGAGGAGCCCCUGUUGGGGGAGCUGACGGUGAUGGGAUCCUCCCCGGACUCGCUGAGCCUGUCCUGGACCGUCCCCCGGGGCCACUUCGACGCCUUCACCGUCCAGUACAAGGACAGAGAAGGGCGGCCCCAGGUGGUGCGUGUCGGGGGUGAGGAGAGCGAGGUCACCGUGCGGGGCCUGGAGCCGGGGCGCAAGUACAAGAUGCACCUGUACGGCCUGCACGGGGGGCGGCGCGUGGGCCCCGCGUCCACCCUGGGCCUGACCGCUCGUCCAGCUCCCGACUACGAAGCUGUGACCACCCAAGUCCCCCCCACCACGACCCCUGAGCCUCCUGUGAAGCCCCUGCUGGGGGAGCUGACGGUGACGGGAUCCUCCCCGGACUCGCUGAGCCUGUCCUGGACCGUCCCCCAGGGCCAGUUUGACCACUUCCUGGUCCAGUACAAGAACGGGGACGGGCAGCCCAAGGCGGUCCGGGUGCCAGGACACGAGGACGGGGUCACCAUCUCGGGCCUGGAGCCGGACCACAAGUACAAGAUGCACCUGUAUGGCUUCCAUGACGGCCAGCGCCAGGGCCCCGCCUCUGCCACCGGGGUGACAGCUGCAGAGGAGGAGACCGCCAGCCCCGCAGAACCCAGCACGGAGGCCCCAGAGCCCCCCGAGGAGCCCCUGCUGGGGGAGCUGACGGUGACGGGAUCCUCCCCGGACUCGCUGAGCCUGUCCUGGACCGUCCCCCGGGGCCACUUCGACGCCUUCACCGUCCAGUACAAGGACAGGGACGGGCGGCCCCAGGUGGUGCGUGUCGGGGGUGAGGAGAGCGAGGUCAUCGUGCAGGGCCUGGAGCCGGGGCGCAAGUACAAGAUGCACCUGUACGGCCUGCACGGGGGGCGGCGCGUGGGCCCCGCGUCCACCCUGGGCCUGACCGCCCCCAAAGCCGAGCCCCCUGCCAGCCCCCCCGUGAAGCCUCGCCUCGGGGAGCUGACGGUGACGGGAUCCUCCCCGGACUCGCUGAGCCUGUCCUGGACCAUCCCCGAGGGCCAGUUUGACCACUUCCUGGUCCAGUACAAGAACGGGGACGGGCAGCCCAAGGCGGUCCAGGUGCCAGGACACGAGGACGGGGUCACCAUCUCGGGCCUGGAGCCGGACCACAAGUACAAGAUGCACCUGUAUGGCUUCCACGACGGCCAGCGCCAGGGCCCCGCCUCUGCCACCGGGGUGACAGCUGCAGAGGAGGAGACCGCCAGCCCCGCAGAACCCAGCACGGAGGCCCCAGAGCCCCCCGAGGAGCCCCUGCUGGGGGAGCUGACGGUGACGGGAUCCUCCCCGGACUCGCUGAGCCUGUCCUGGACCGUCCCCGGGGCCACUUCGACGCCUUCACCGUCCAGUACAAGGACAGGGACGGGCGGCCCCAGGGUGGUGCGUGUCGGGGGUGAGGAGAGCGAGGUCACCGUGCGGGGCCUGGAGCCGGGGCGCAAGUACAAGAUGCACCUGUACGGCCUGCACGGGGGGCGGCGCGUGGGCCCCGCGUCCACCCUGGGCCUGACCGCCCCCAAAGCCGAGCCCCCUGCCAGCCCCCCCGUGAAGCCUCGCCUCGGGGAGCUGACGGUGACCGGAUCCUCCCCGGACUCGCUGAGCCUGUCCUGGACCAUCCCCGAGGGCCAGUUUGACCACUUCCUGGUCCAGUACAAGAACGGGGACGGGCAGCCCAAGGCAGUCCAGGUGCCAGGACACGAGGACGGGGUCACCAUCUCGGGCCUGGAGCCGGACCACAAGUACAAGAUGCACCUGUAUGGCUUCCACGACGGCCAGCGCCAGGGCCCCGCCUCUGCCACCGGGGUGACAGCUGCAGAGGAAGAGACCCCCAGCCCCGCAGAACCCAGCACGGAGGCCCCAGAGCCCCCCGAGGAGCCCCUGCUGGGGGAGCUGACGGUGACGGGAUCCUCCCCGGACUCGCUGAGCCUGUCCUGGACCGUCCCCUGGGGCCACUUCGACGCCUUCACCGUCCAGUACAAGGACAGAGAAGGGCGGCCCCAGGUGGUGCGUGUCGGGGGUGAGGAGAGCGAGGUCACCGUGCGGGGCCUGGAGCCGGGGCGCAAGUACAAGAUGCACCUGUACGGCCUGCACGGGGGGCGGCGCGUGGGCCCCGCGUCCACCCUGGGCCUGACCGCUCGUCCAGCUCCCGACUACGAAGCUGUGACCACCCAAGUCCCACCCACCACGACCCCUGAGCCUCCUGUGAAGCCCCUGCUGGGGGAGCUGACGGUGACGGGAUCCUCCCCGGACUCGCUGAGCCUGUCCUGGACCGUCCCCCAGGGCCAGUUUGACCACUUCCUGGUCCAGUACAAGAACGGGGACGGGCAGCCCAAGGCGGUCCGGGUGCCGGGACACGAGGACGGGGUCACCAUCUCGGGCCUGGAGCCGGACCACAAGUACAAGAUGCACCUGUAUGGCUUCCACGACGGCCAGCGCCAGGGCCCCGCCUCUGCCACCGGGGUGACAGCUGCAGAGGAGGAGACCGCCAGCCCCGCAGAACCCAGCACGGAGGCCCCAGAGCCCCCCGAGGAGCCCCUGCUGGGGGAGCUGACGGUGACGGGAUCCUCCCCGGACUCGCUGAGCCUGUCCUGGACCGUCCCCUGGGGCCACUUCGACGCCUUCACCGUCCAGUACAAGGACAGGGACGGGCGGCCCCAGGUGGUGCGUGUCGGGGGUGAGGAGAGCGAGGUCACCGUGCGGGGCCUGGAGCCGGGGCGCAAGUACAAGAUGCACCUGUACGGCCUGCACGGGGGGCGGCGCGUGGGCCCCGCGUCCACCCUGGGCCUGACCGCUCGUCCAGCUCCCGACUACGAAGCUGUGACCACCCAAGUCCCACCCACCACGACCCCAGAGCCUCCUGUGAAGCCCCUGCUGGGGGAGCUGACGGUGACGGGAUCCUCCCCGGACGCGCUGAGCCUGUCCUGGACCGUCCCCCAGGGCCAGUUUGACCACUUCCUGGUCCAGUACAAGAACGGGGACGGGCAGCCCAAGGCGGUCCGGGUGCCGGGACACGAGGACGGGGUCACCAUCUCGGGCCUGGAGCCGGACCACAAGUACAAGAUGCACCUGUAUGGCUUCCACGACGGCCAGCGCCAGGGCCCCGCCUCUGCCACCGGGGUGACAGCUGCAGAGGAGGAGACCGCCAGCCCCGCAGAACCCAGCACAGAGGCCCCAGAGCCCCCCAAGGAGCCCCUGCUGGGGGAGCUGACGGUGACGGGAUCCUCCCCGGACUCGCUGAGCCUGUCCUGGACCGUCCCCCGGGGCCACUUCGACGCCUUCACCGUCCAGUACAAGGACAGAGAAGGGCGUCCCCAGGUGGUGCGUGUCGGGGGUGAGGAGAGCGAGGUCACCGUGCGGGGCCUGGAGCCGGGGCGCAAGUACAAGAUGCACCUGUACGGCCUGCACGGGGGGCGGCGCGUGGGCCCCGCGUCCACCCUGGGCCUGACCGCCGCCCUGCCCUCAGAGCCCCCGGUGGCACCCCGCCUGGAGGAGCUGGCUGUGGCCGCCGUGACCUCAGACUCGGUGCACCUGUCCUGGACAGUGGCCCAGGGCCCUUUCGACUCCUUCCUGGUCCAGUACAGGGACGAGCAGGGGCUGCCGCAGGCAGUGCCCGUGGGCGGAGACCUCCGGGAGGUCACCGUCUCGGGCCUGGCCCCUGCCCGCAAGUACAAAUUCCUCCUCUUUGGAGUGCAGGAUGCGAAAAGGCACGGCCCACUCUCUGCGGACGCUAAGACCCUCCCAGACACAAAACCUCCGCGCCUGGGGGAGCUGACAGUGACCAGCGUGACCCCGGACUCCGUGGGCCUCUCGUGGACGGUCCCCCAGGGCAAUUUCGACUCCUUCAAGGUCCAGUACAAGGACAGACACGGGCAGCCCCGGGUGGUGCCCGUGGCCGCAGACCAGCGCGAGGCCACCAUCGGCGGCCUGGAGCCCCACCGGAAGUACAGGUUCCUGCUCUACGGGCUGGCAGGCGGGAAGCAGCUGGGCCCCGUUGCCGCUGAGGGCACCACAGCCCCAGAAGAGGACACACCCGCCCCCUGGCAAGCUGCCACAGGGGCCCCCGACACCCCCGGAGGGCCCCGCCUGGGGGAGCUGGCCGUGACCGACAGCACCCCGGACUCCCUGCGCCUCGCAUGGACGGUGGCUCGGGGCCCCUUCGACUCCUUCGUGGUGCAGUACUGGGACGCGGACAGGCAGCCCCAGGCCUUGCUCGUGGGUGGGGACCAGCACACGGUGCACGUGUCAGGCCUGGAGCCCAGCACCGCCUACAAGUUCUUCCUCUACGGCCUCCACGAAGGGAAGCGCCUGGGGCCCGUCUCCACGGAGGGCACCACAGGGUCGGCCCCUGCCGGGCAGACGCCAGGGGGACCGGGGCCCCGGCUGUCCCAGCUGUCCGUGACCGACGUGACCACCAGCUCCCUGCGGCUCAACUGGGAGGCGCCCCCUGGGGCCUUCGACUCCUUCCUGCUCCGCUACGGGGUCCCAUCAGCAAGCACUCUGGAGCCGCAUCUGCGUCCCCUGCUGCAGCGGGAGGUGACCGUGCCAGGGACGCAGCUCUCGGCCGUGCUCCGGGACCUGCGCCCUGGGACCCUGUACAGCCUGACGCUGUAUGGGCUGCGCGGGCCCCACCAGGCCGACAGCGUGCAGGGCACGGCCCGAACCCUCAGCCCAGUUCUGGAGAGCCCCCGGGACCUACAGUUCAGCGACAUUGGGGAGACCUCAGCCAAGGUCAGCUGGACGCCCCCGCCGUCCAGAGCCGACAGCUUCAAAGUGUCCUACCAGCUGGUGGACGGAGGGGAGCCACAGAGUGUGCUGGUGGGCGGCAGAGCCCGGACCCAGCAGCUCGGGGGGCUGGUCCCAGGCGCCCACUAUGAGGUGACCGUGGUGUCCGUCCGAGGCUUCGAGGAGAGCGAGCCGCUCACCGGCUUCCUCACCACGGUUCCGGACGGCCCCACCCAGCUGCGCGCACUGAACUUGACGGAGGGAACCGCCAGGCUGCACUGGAAGCCGCCCCAGGCUCCGGUGGACACCUAUGCUGUCCGGGUCACAGCCCCAGGCGCCCCCCCUCUACAGGCCUCAGCCCCGGGCAGCGCUGUGGACUACCCCCUGCAGGGCCUGGAGCUCCACACCAACUACACAGCCACCGUGCAUGGCCUUCGGGGCCCCAACCUCACCUCUCCAGCCAGCAUCGUCUUCACCACAGGCUUGGAGGGCCCCCGGGACUUGGAGGCCAAAGAAGUGACCCCCCGCACGGCCCUGCUUACGUGGACUGAGCCCCAAGUCCUGCCCACUGGCUACCUGCUCACCUACGACACCCCUGAUGGACAGACCCAGGAGAUCCUGCUCCCAGGAAGUGUCACCUCUCACCAGCUCCUGGGCCUCUUCCCCUCCACCACCUACAGAGCCUGGCUCCGGGCCAUGUGGGGCGAGGCCCUCACGCCGCCCAUGUCCACCUCCUUCACCACUGGUGGACUGCAGGUCCCCUUUCCCCGGGACUGUGGGGAGGAGAUGCAGAAUGGGGCGGGCACCUCCAGAACCACCACCAUCUUCCUCAAUGGAAACCGCGCGCGGCCACUGGACGUGUUUUGUGACAUGGAGACUGACGGGGGCGGCUGGCUGGUGUUCCAGCGCCGCAUGGAUGGACGCACGGACUUCUGGAGGGACUGGGAGGACUAUGCCCACGGUUUUGGGAACGUCUCCGGGGAGUUCUGGCUGGGCAACGAGGCCCUGCACAGCCUGACCAGCCACGGGGACUACUCCAUGCGUGUGGACCUGCGGGCUGGGGGCGAGGUGGCGUUCGCCCAGUACGACUCCUUCCGGGUAGACUCGGCUGCUGACUACUACCGCCUCCACCUGGAGGGCUACCACGGCACAGCAGGGGACUCCAUGAGCUACCACAGUGGCAGUGUCUUCUCUGCCCGAGACCGCGACCCCAACAACUUGCUCAUCUCCUGCGCCGUCUCCUACCGAGGGGCCUGGUGGUACAGGAACUGCCACUACGCCAACCUCAACGGGCUCUACGGGAGCACAGUGGACCACCAGGGAGUGAGCUGGUACCACUGGAAGGGCUUCGAGUUCUCCGUGCCCUUCACGGAGAUGAAGCUGAGACCCAGAGGCUACCAGGCACCCGCCGGGGGAGGCUGAGCAGCUCCGGCCGCAGGCAGGCGUGCCGCCCAGCACUGAGGGGCCGCGAGGAGAGCCAGGGCUCGCCACCGCCCGCCCCAGAGGAGGCUUCCUCCACCGCGAUCUCACAGCACUUUGUUUACAGGGGGUGGGGGUGUACAGAAGCAAUAAAAGGAGAAACUGAGGCACGAGACUG